GACAUGUCGUCCAAAUGUAGGAAUUAUCUACUUCUUCCGCCUCUUCCGGUUCUGGUGUGGGAAUGAGAGACAAAAACGGUGGUGCGUUGCCGCUCUCCCUUUGAACUUCAGCAAGUGAUCCAGGUUUUAAAGCGGAAACGCGCGUCUGAUUGCAGACACACAAAAGUGACAAAACGACAGCCUGUCUCUCCAUUUUAAACAGUCCUUCGCAAUUCAUCGCACACACAAUCUAUCUAUCACUCAAAAAUUAGAGAAGCACUAUAAGCAAAAACCCUAGCUAAAGAGCGUCUUUGCAACUAAAGCCACCAAACGAAAAUGAAAUUUCGGUUUCACAAUAAAGUCCCUAUUUUCCCUCACCAUUUAUGGCAUUACGAGCAGCAUCACUGCCGUCAAUUUUCUCCUUCAUUUGUGAAGAAGCUCUUUACAACGUCUCAAGCCCGUGCGUCUUCAAGUGGUGGCACAAACAAUGGUCAAGGCAAUAUUUUCCUGGUACCUGGUGCCACGGUUGCUACUUUACUUAUGCUUGGUGCUCUUCACGCUCGCAGGCUCUAUGAUGACAAGAAGGUUGAAGAGGCACGAGAGAAAGGGGCUGACAUUGAAUUCAAACCUGACGUAAAAGCUACAUUUCUGAGAAUGCUACCUCUUCGUUCAAUUUCUAGGUUUUGGGGUUUCCUGACAAGUGUGGAAUUUCCUGUCUGGAUGCGUCCAUAUGUUUAUAAAGCAUGGGCUCGGGCAUUCCAUUCAAACCUGGAAGAAGCAGCUCUGCCUCUGGAUGAAUAUGCUUCUUUAAGAGAAUUCUUUGUUCGUACCCUGAAACAAGGUUCCAGGCCUAUUGACCAGGAUCCUAAUUGUCUGGUUAGUCCUGUAGAUGGUACUAUUCUAAGAUUUGGAGAGUUGAAAGGGGUUGGUGCUAUGAUUGAGCAAGUUAAAGGGUUUUCAUAUUCCGUUUCUUCUCUUCUUGGUGCUAGCACCUUUCUUCCCACGAUAGCUGAAGGUGAAAUGCAUGAAGAGACUGGUGAACAAGAAAGCAUUCUUACAGACAACACUAAGAAGUCAUGGUGGAGAAUUUCAUUAGCUUCUCCCAAAGUCCAGGACAACAUGUUAGCACGUCCAAUGAAAGGCCUUUAUUACUGUGUGAUAUACUUAAAGCCUGGAGACUACCAUCGAAUACACUCACCAGUUGAUUGGAAUGUUCUAGUUCGUCGGCAUUUUUCAGGUCGCCUCUUUCCUUUGAACGAACGUGCAACAAGAACAAUUAGAAAUCUUUAUGUGGAGAAUGAAAGGGUUGUGCUUGAAGGUCUGUGGCAAGAAGGGUAUAUGGCAAUUGCUGCAAUUGGAGCAACUAAUAUUGGAUCAAUUGAGCUUUUCAUUGAACCAGAAUUCAAGACAAACCGGCCAAGAAAGAAGUUAUUACACUCAGAGCCUCCAGAACAACGGGUGUAUGAACCUGAAGGUGUUGGAAUGAUGCUUAAGAAAGGAGAUGAGGUGGCUGCCUUCAACAUGGGAUCAACGGUCGUGCUUGUCUUCCAAGCCACGACUUUGAAAUCACUUGAAAGUAAUGAUACUUUGUCAGAGUUCAGUUUUAGUAUCAAACGUGGAGAUAAGAUUCGUGUUGGAGAACCACUGGGGAGGUGGCAAGAUUCUUGCAACUGAUCAUAGUGGUAUACAAUUGAAUAUGUGUGCUCUAAAUAUGAUGCUGCUCUGAUGGGCAUGAGUUUUCUAUUAGUAGUAAGGGCGGGAAUGAUGCUUGUGCCAUAGAGCUCUUGGUUGGCUUGAUGUUGAACAAAGGAAAAGCUUAACUUGGUAGUCUACCAAAUUCUGUUUGGCUUGACUAGGCCUUUAAUUGGGUCAUAAACUGAGAUUAUGCCUGGGUU